AUGGGGGCAUUUCUGGACAAACCCAAAACUGAGAAACACAAUGCUCAUGGGGCAGGAAAUGGAUUGCGCUAUGGACUCAGCAGUAUGCAAGGCUGGCGAGUGGAGAUGGAGGAUGCUCACACCGCUGUGGUGGGUAUCCCUCAUGGUUUGGAAGACUGGUCCUUCUUUGCCGUUUACGAUGGCCAUGCAGGGUCCCGCGUUGCAAAUUACUGUUCUACGCACUUACUAGAGCAUAUCACAGACAAUGAAGACUUCAGGGCAGCAGAGACUCCAGGAUCUUCUUUGGAACCUUCUGUAGAAAAUGUAAAAAAUGGUAUUCGAACUGGAUUUUUUAAAAAUCGACGAGUACAUGCGCAACUUUGCUGACUUGAGGAAUGGUAUGGACCGAAGUGGCUCUACAGCUGUUGCAGUCCUUAUUUCACCGAGCCAUAUGUAUUUCAUCAACUGUGGAGAUUCUAGGUCUGUUUUGUUUAGGAGUGGACAGGUUUGCUUUUCUACACAGGAUCACAAGCCCUGCAAUCCCAAGGAAAAGGAGAGGAUCCAAAACGCAGGAGGAAGCGUCAUGAUUCAGCGUGUCAACGGCUCAUUAGCGGUUUCUCGCGCUCUCGGGGACUAUGACUACAAGUGUGUUGAUGGCAAAGGCCCUACCGAGCAGCUUGUGUCUCCAGAGCCUGAGGUCUACGAAAUUGUUCGGUCAGACGAGGAUGAAUUUAUAAUACUAGCUUGUGAUGGUAUUUGGGAUGUCAUGAGCAAUGAGGAGCUUUGUGAAUUUGUCAAGUAUAGGCUGGAGAUAACAGAUGACCUUGAGAGAGUGUGUAAUUCUGUAGUGGACACCUGUUUACAUAAGGGAAGCCGUGAUAAUAUGAGCAUUGUACUGGUUUGUUUUCAAAACGCCCCCAAGGUGUCGGAAGAAGCCAUCAAGAAAGAUGCUGAGCUGGAUAAACAUUUAGAAUCAAGAAUUGAAGAAAUCAUGACAACUGCUGGGGAGGAAGGAAUGCCAGAUCUCGCUCAUGUAAUGCGCAUCCUGUCAGCAGAGAAUAUCCCAAAUUUACCACCUGGAGGUGGAUUAGCUGGAAAACGCAGUGUUAUCGAAGAUGUUUAUAAUAGGUUGAAUCCACAUAGAGACAAUGAUGGGGUA